UCCUAAAUCUCAAAAUCCUGAAAUGUACCAAAUCCGCGCCUCUAUCUCUCUCUCCACGUUUCUGCAAAUAUUCCAUCUCCGUCUACGAGCCCUAACCUGUUCGCUCCCUCUACUCUUUUGCACUGGCAGUCCUAAAUCGCUAUGCAAACUCACCAUCCAAACUCCCAACUGGCUCUGCUCGACUCAGUCUCCGCGGUCACCAACACUGCUGAUUCCGAGUCACAAAAGGCAUGGUACAUCCUCGCCCUGCUCAUCUCAAUCGGCCGCCCAACUUCAACUCUCGAGCUCGCAUCUCGCUGCACUCUCUUCCGCGCAACGCCUGAAAUCAUCCGAUCUCUCUGCUCCAUCCCUAAUUCUCCAAUUACGUUGACUAGCAGCAAUAGUAGCAACGGCUUUUUUGUAACCGUCUCUCUCAUAGGCCUCUUCGCUUUUCAACGAUUCAUCUCCAAUAUCAACUUGACAGACGCGUUUGUGAAUCGGAUCGAGAGAGUUCAUAUAUCCGGAACACUGUUGGAGGAUGUCAUGAGGAUGUACUUAAGGAAGCGGAAGCGGAUCGGAUUUGAUUUUGGAGAAGCGGACGAGAAGCAUAGAUCAGUUUCUCCGCGUUCCAAAAGAAUUCGAAAUGAUUGUGCAAAGGUGCAUUUCGUAACUAACGAUGUCAAUAUAAGCAUAAAUGCUGAGCCAAGUUUCAUGUCUAUUAAGCUAAAUAACAUUCUUCCGCCACCUGAUUUAUUCACCAAAACCAUCAGAAAUAAGUUAGUCUAUAGACGAAGGAAUGUCAAACAAGUUGAGGACGGAACACAUACAAGUAUUGUAGAAAGGAUGGAACACAAAAGAAUCAUGGCACCUGUGCUGGAUGAAGAAUCUGCCCUUAUGAGAACAACGUUGGAUAGUCAAGUUGUGUGCCAAGAAGCUGAAGUAGAAGAGGUAGAUUUAAAAAGUAGAACAGACGUCGAUGCUACUUCUUAUAGGGAAGAUUUUAGGCAAAGCAGUGUUAUACCAAUGGUGCAUGCAAGUGCUAAUGAUGCUUGUGAUGCUGCAAAUGAUUGUUAUAUUGAAGCAGUAGAAACUGAACUCAAAGAAGAGGAGUUAUUAAAUGAUUCUAGUAACAUUAAACAAGAAGAAAACUUCUACCAUCCAAUUAAUACUGUUCUUUUGGGUGUACCCAUUGAAAGUGUAUGUACAAAGAAGAAUGAGUUAAUACCUUUGGGUAAAGAGUUAACUAAUGCGAAGAACCAGACCUACUAUCCAAUAUCUAAACUCUCUGUAGUUCAGGAGCAGUUGUCAAAACCCUCUGCAAAGAUGAAGCUCACUUUUGGGAAUGUAAUGACUCCACCAAGACAGCAAAAUGUUGAUCAAUCUUUAGUGGGGAGUAAAGUAGUAAGCACUCCUAAGGAAAAGCAAGAGGUUAAGAGAAAUCUCAUGGAAAUUGAUAUGGCUCAAAAAUCAAAGGAGAAACGUGGUGAUAUUUAUAUUAAAGAAGGCAGGAAGAAUGCUGCUCCUGUUUCUCCCUUAGAACUAACGGUGGCUAAUUGGCAGAAUGGAACUGAAACCAAGGAUCUACCAUAUUUUGAGUCUUAUAUUGUAGAGGAGGAAGAAGGUUCAGGUGGUUAUGGCACUGUUUACAGAGCACGAAGGAAGAGUGAUGGAGCCACAGUUGCCAUCAAAUGCCCACAUGAAAAUGCUCAUAGGCACCAUGUUAGCAAUGAGCUAAGGAUGCUGGAACGCUUUGGGGGGAAAAACUUUGUAAUAAAGUAUGAAGGCUGUUUUAAGAGUGGAAAUUCUGAUUGCUUUGUUCUGGAGCAUGUGGAGCAUGAUAGACCAGAGGUUUUGAAGAAGGAAAUAGAUAUUUUUCAGCUACGAUGGUAUGGAUAUUGCAUGUUCAGAGCGCUUGCUAGUCUUCAUAAGCAGGGAAUAGUCCACAGAGAUGUCAAGCCUGGAAACUUCCUUUUUUCUCGCAAGGCCAAUAAAGGUUAUCUCAUUGAUUUUAACCUUGCCAUGGAUCUUCGCCAAAAGUAUGGAACAACAAACAAAUCAAAGACAGGGAAUGAUGUAAGCCUCAAUCACAAUACGCUUCCCAACACCAAAUCUAUUCCUCCUGCCAAAAGUAGGAGGUUCCCAAAUUCUAAAUCUUUGGAUGUAGUCAAUCUGAAGUCAAUGAAAGGCUUGAAGCCAACUUUAGAACCCAAGAACCAGAAGAAGAGAGCUGUAGACAGAACUAAGGCCCAGAAUGACUUGAGUGGUUGGAAUAUUAUGAAAAGUCAAGGAGCAGAUGGCUCUGGCAUAACCUCCGCAAAGGAUGUAACAAGUACUAGGACUCCUUCAGUAGAAAGGCUCCGAGAACCUUUACCAUGCCAAGGUAGGAAGGAACUCAUCAGCUUGUUACAAGAGGCUAUGCAGAGUCCAAAUCAUGAAGCAUCAAGUGUUCCAGCUUCUAUGAGAAAGAGGAUUGCUGCGCCUGCUCGAAAAGUGGAUGAAAUACUUAUUAAUCUCACCCCAAUGCCUCUGCAUUCAACCAGAAUUGCUAGUCCUGCAACCUGCUUAAUUAAGAAUAAAGAAGAUGGGAAUCACAAGAAAGAAGGUCCAUGUGUUGGAACCAAAGGUUUCCGGGCUCCAGAGGUCUUGUUCAGAUCUACCCAUCAAGGACCCAAAGUUGAUAUUUGGUCUGCUGGGGUAACCUUACUCUACCUAAUGAUUGGAAGAACACCGUUUUACGGUGAUCCAGAGCAGAACAUAAAGGAUAUAGCAAAACUAAGGGGCAGUGAAGAUCUAUGGGAAGUUUCAAAGUUACAUGACCGGGAAUUGUCUUUCCCAGCGGAACUAUACAAAUUACAGUCUUUGCCAUCAGUGAGUCUAAGAGAGUGGUGCAAAAUAAACACAAAGAGACGAGAAUUCAAUGAAAUAAUCCCAAGCUCUCUUAUUGAUCUUGUGGACAAGUGCCUGACAGUGAACCCAAGGCUGAGGAUCAGCGCAGAGGAUGCAUUAAAACACGAGUUUUUCGUUCCAUGCCAUGAGGGUCUAAGAAAGCAAAGGCUGCUAAGACAGGGCCUCAGCUUGGAAACUGGAACUAGUCUUCCUCUACAUGGACAAAGCACUGGAAAUGGAGUGCCUGUGAAGAUUUCUCAUCAGCAAAGUUGAUGAUCAGUUAUAAAUAGAUGGUACACAAAACUUCAAUUAAUUUUAGUUUAACAUUCUGUUUGUAGCUAUAAUACUAUUCUCUUACUCUAAUGCUGUUCCUGUAAAUGUGCUACUGCCUUCGUUUUGUUUUUCUAUAUUAUCUAGUAAAAUCUUAGCAUGUUGUAUUUUUAUUGGUCAUAAGAAUCACAGAUGAAACUGUAUACAUUUGUCUAAUUCUCGAGCAGAAAUAGCUAAGCUCUUUUUCGUA